CUUUAAAAAAAGUGAGAGAAAGGAGGGGGAGCCGGCCUAGAAGAAGAAGGAGAAGAAGCAUGGAGCCUUGAAGCAGUGUCCACACCGGAGUGUGCAUAGCGAGUCAAGCCGAGCGAGGAGCCUCCUCGAGCGGACUGGAUUGCACGAGAGGAGCGUGUGACGGUAGGACUUUUCCGAUGGUUCUCAAAUGGGUGAGUUCGCACGGCGCCUUGUGAGGAGCAGAUGAUGAAGAAUUACAGCGGCAGUCCGCCUCACCACAGCAGCAGCAGCAGCAGCAGCAGCAGCAACAGCAACAGCAGCAACAGCAGCCAGCAGCAACAGCAGCAGAGCCCCCAUCUCGUCCACUUCAGGGACCACCGCAACCAGCACAAGUUGUGCUCGCUCGCCGCGCUCCCCUGGCGCUUGCCCCUCCGAGCUUAUGGCUUCUGCAUGGCGGCGCUCUUCGUCUUCUGCCUGUCCUCGCUCUUCUACCAGCUCAACGGAGGACCCCCCAAAGUCCUGCUGGACAUCCGACAAUAUCUCGGGUCAUCUACAUAUGAGGAUGACCACGGACCUCCUGUUCCAAGAGUGCUCCCGUUCCCGAGCCAGGUUGUGUACAACCGCGUGGGCAAGUGUGGCAGCCGCACAGUAGUCAUCCUGCUGCGGUUGCUAGCCGAGAAGCAUCAGUUCAACUUGAUCUCGUCGGACAUCCACAAUAAAACGCGCCUCACAAAACAUGAGCAGGUGGAUCUCAUGAAAAACAUCACUAAUAUCCCUCAGCCAUUCCUAUACACGCGUCAUGUUCACUUCCUCAACUUUACCAGGUUUAAGAUCGAGGAGCCCGUCUACAUCAACAUAAUCCGCGACCCCAUAAACCGCUUCCUGUCCAACUACUUCUUCCGUCGCUUUGGCGACUGGAGGGGUGAGCAGAACCACCUCAUCCGCACCCCCCAGAUGAAAGAUGACGAGCGAUACCUGACAAAUAAUAUCAUGAGACCCAUUUUUUCUUCUCCUGACAUCAAUCACACACUUUUGCUUCAGGACAUAAAUGUGUGCAUUCUGGAGAAUUACCCAGAGUGCUCCAACCCCAGAGUCUUCUACAUCAUCCCAUACUUUUGCGGGCAGCACCCCAAAUGCAGAGAGCCCGGCCCGUGGGCUCUGGAUAGGGCCAAACAGAAUGUACUGGAGAACUACCUGCUGGUGGGCAUAUUGGAGGAGCUGGAAGAUGUGCUGCUCCUGUUGGAGAGGCUCCUACCGCACUAUUUUACCGGAGUGCUCGACAUCUACAAAAGCCCUGACCACAGGAAGAUGGGCAACUUGACGGGCACGGUCCGCAAACACACGCCCACCCUGGAGGCGCUGCAGGUGCUCUACCACCGCAUGCGCUACGAGUACGAAUUCUACAACUUCGUACGGGACCAGUUUCACCUGAUGAAAAAGAAAAUCGGCCUCAAGUCGGAUGCCCGACCGCCCGCCUACACGCCCGACUUCCUCCGGGAGCUAGACCUACGGACCCCCGAGCCCCUGGACGAGGACGAGGAGCUGGACUCCGAUCUGGAGGACGCUAACAACUGGCUUGUCCAUCAGUAGCAACUGCCUGUUUGUUUGUUUGUUUUUAAAGCGGUGGACACAAGCCCACUCCCUCCUUGGAGAUGGCGUCCCGAGGGCGAUGACGGUUACGCCCUUCAGAAGCUGAGGUGCAUUUCCGUACCGGACUUUGUGGACGGGCUCAGCGCUGGGGACGACUCGGGAAAGGACAAGAUUAUUUAAAAGUUGAGUGAGGAUCACGGGAAAUAACGCUUAACUCGCUUCUACAUGAAGCAAGGCUUUCCUUUAUUUGUGCUUGUUUUCCCGGUUUGUUCUCAAAACGGAAGCGGUUAUUGCUGUAUUCUCCGGGAGAGAUAAAGCACGGCGAUGCGCACCGGGGCUGCACGGGGUGGCCCCAAAACAUGGGAAGAUACAUUAUGGUAAGAGGUGAUGUCUAUGUAUAUAUUAGGAAAAAGCUGAGUAGCCAAACGCCAAUGAAUGGAAGAGUGCCAAAAUUGUUAUACACUUCUCACAAAAAAAGUUGGGCUUUUGGCUCAAAUUCAAGGAUGAACCUAAAAUGCACUCAAACCAUCACAGGUGCCUGUUGGGAAUUUUGCCAUUCAGCUCUUUGUUAGACAACAAAAAGUACUAAAACAUUGAACAGUUGCACGUGCAUUUAAAGGUUUUGUGGGUCAAUUAAAUUGACCUGUCCAGGCUGGUGCAUUGUAGCUUCAUCAUGCAAUGUCGCCCUAAUAUUCCAAACUUUUUGUGACUAGUAUACAGCAUGUAUAUCAGUAAGUGCCAAACGUCUCCGAGACAGGAAGCAAUAUACAAGCGCGUUUCUACUGAGCAGCACAGUUGGGCUUGUUUCCGUACGGUAAGCUUUUCCAACUGUUGUGCUGCGGUACCUCAAGAACGGAGCUUAACGCACAGCAGAAUGUUGCUCAGAUCGGGCCCAAUCGUCAGGAUGUGUAAAGCCUGUGAUCGUAAAUAUUGAACAAGUUUAACAUUUAUGAUUGUCGGCCUCCGGUGUUUUUCGAGCAGAUCGAGGAUAACAAAUCAAUCCUACCACGCCCCACACCACAGGAUAAUUGCUCAUGAUGAUCUUUCAGAGACAUCCGACACUCAGGCCUUUGCUGAGUUUGAUCGGAAGAGAAGAAAAAUACUCAAAUUAAGCCCAAUUAUUGGUACGUGUGGUCUGUUAAAGGAUUUACAAUCAUAUGUAUUAAACACAUUUCACAUUUUGAUUGUCGACCUCCACCAUGUUUCGAACAGAUCGGGGAGGAAAGAUCACUCUUAACACACCCCACACCACUGGAUCAUCACAAAAGAUAAUCAUCCAGAGACUUUGAUGCUCACUAUGAUCAGACGAGAGGAUAAAUGCUUGAAUAUGGCCCCAUUGUUGGUAUGCGUGAAGCCCAUUUAAGGAUUUGCAAUCAAGCAUUUUAAACAGGUUUAACAUUUCCAAUUGUCAGCCUUUUUCAUUUUUCGUGCAGAUCGAGAUUUUUUCGUGCAGAUCGAGAAGGAAAAUCAAUCUGAACACACACCGCGCCACAGGAUAAUCUCUCCGAUCUCUUAUCUGACAAUCGGACCUUUGCUGACUAUGAUCGAAAGAGAGGGGGAAAUGCUCAAAUUGGGCCCGAUUAUCGGUAUGCGUGUACCCCGCUUAUUACGGCUAAGGCCCAAAUGGCGACACAUGCAAAUCUAGCUAAACCGUUCCAAACUAGAUCCAGCUGAACCGAACUGUACCGCUUGGUGGAAACGUGGCUACGAGUGAUUGGUGCGUUUUGUUAAAAGAUAUUAUUCUUAUUAUGAAAUGUAUAAAUGACGGUUAAACCGUAUGCACUCAUUAUGAAUUCAAAGAAUUCCAGCAAAGUGUGCAAGUAUGACUGAGUUUGACCAGAGUACUUUAGCAGAGAUUUAUAGUUUGCUUUCACUUUGUUGGGACUUGAAGUUGGCCAGAGGUAUUUGGUACAAAUAAAAGAUUGUUCCAUGUGAAGUUUAAAAACAUUGAUGCAAGUAUUUCGACUGCAAAAAAAAAAAAAAAAUCAGAGUUUCCUGCUGCAAACAAAGUUACACGUUUGUUUGAGCCUCCUAAUUUUACGGGCAUAAAGACGAUUAUGAAUUACGAGGAAAAAUAAAUAUUUUUCAAAAACGUGAAUAUGCUAAUUUUAAAAAUAUGGUCCAAUUAUUAUGGGAGUGAAGUGGGAAAAAAAAUAGUACUUAUCAAUUGAUAAACCCGGAAUAUAAUGACUUACUAAAUUGUCAUUUUACGUUUAGAAUAAGGUCGUAAUAUUACAAGGGGGAAAAAAAUAUUUUUUACAGUUAAAAUAUAUUGAAUAUAUUUUUUUGCCAUCAAAACGUUUCAACGCCCACAUUUUUCUUGCUGCCCCCCCCCCCCCCCCCCCGCCUUGAAGUUCUACGAGCGGAACGGCAUUGAUUUAGAAUGACAAGAUCCCAUUGUAAGAUACUUGUUUUGUGAAAAAUUAAUAUUGGCAUUGUGGUCUACCACUGUUCUUUAGUGUCUUUAUUUUCCAGUGAUAGAGUAUUAAAACGCAGUAAUACUGUACGUUUCAGACCCAGCCGCAAUAGGUGAAAAUCCGCAAUAUAGAGAAAAAAAGAAAAAAAAUAUAUAUAUAUAUAUUUAUAUAUUUAUAUAUAUAUAUAUAUAUAUAUAUAUAUAUAUAUAUAUAUAGUUUUACCCCUCCCACACACGUUAAAUACAUUUAAACCUAUUAGAAUAGGAAUAAACCUAUGAAAACCCACUUAAACCUACAGUAUUUAAACACACUUUUUGAAGUAUUCCUUAGCACCCCUCACUGUCAAGAAAUGGUAGACUAGUGUAUAACAUCACUUUGAAGACACCAAAAGAAGACUCCCUCGCACAGAUUUCCAAGUAAGAGUCAAAGCGUGCUUGCUUCAAGCUUGCUUUGUUGGUUUAUUACUCCCAGUUCAAGUUGACUGCAAAACUGCCACAUCAAAAAAGCGACUCACAUUGUAUACUAAAACACCAAAAUUUGCAACCAAACCAUAUUAUUUCAUUUUACAAAAGUCUGUUAGCUGAAUGCUAACAUAUAAUGCGAAACGCCAUUGACGAGGGGCCAAUGGACAUUAGCGUAAAUAUUGCUGAAAUUCUAAACAUUCAAACAACUGCAACGCUUACAAACGAGCGUAGAGCAAUACUCGCAGGCAUAAUAGUCUCUCUGCUCUUUAAGAAUGAUUAUUAUUGGAGCUUAGUAGGGGACCUUCUCUGCAUCUUCUUCUUGCUGCAUCUCUUCCAGUAGACCUCGUGGUACUACAAUGAAGGCACGCAAUUCCAAAUUUCGGACGUGAGGGAGUAUUUUAAAAAGUCAACUAACACAGAAGUGUUCGUACUGUAUAUCCGAAAGGUUCCUAAGUAGGGCUGUGCCUGUAUACUGUAAAAACCCAUAAAAAUACAUUGCUUAAUUAAAAAAAAAACGAUGGCUAUAUAGCAGGCAAACCAACAAUGAUUGUGGGGGAAUACUGUAUGUGUUUUUCUCAGCGUUAAAUCUAAAUCUACUUCCACCAGCAGCUAAACAACGACUUACGUCAAAUAUACGAUAACCAUGAAUGAUAAACUUGCUCGGUCCUCUCCGAAUGUUGUCCUGCUUUGUGUUCACCUUUCUCUUAAUUUAUUAUUCCUUUUUUUUUUUUUUCGAUUCAUUACUGUGCAUUCCGCAUCAAUUUCUCAGGAAGGAAAGACAAAACUGUUGUAUUAAUAAUUGUAUUAUUUCCAACUUGGCGGCUAUAAAAAAAAAAUUAAAAAAACAAUUCCUGGCGUUCCAUGGGAAGCCUUUGGAUGAGUUGGUGUCAAAAAAAAAGAGCUACAUUUUACACUCUUCCAAAAUAAACUUCUUCAGAAUAAAAUAGUUUGUGUGCUUUUUCUUUGGCUUUUUCUUUUGUGUCGUUGGAGACGUCAACACAGACGUUUGAGAGUGAGAGAGCAAUGAUAACCAUCGGACAUAACAUGGAACUUGCUAUGAUUGCCAUGGGAAUGAAAGGGAAUUUAUGGGGAAUAAACUUACAAAACAAAAUUGAAGGUUGACUCCUAAUAGGAUUCUUGAACUUGUCAUUUCUAUUUACAAAA